AUGAAUUGUAAGCCUGUUGAUACUCCAAUGGAUCUAAACAGCGAGUUAGUGCCAGAUCAGGGAAAACUUUAUGAAGAUUCUGACAAAUAUAAGAGAUUAGUUGGAAGACUUAAUUACUUGGCUAUAAGAUAUUUCUUUUGUCAAGGGCUAUUAUAUGAAGAUAAAAGAAACAUUGGUGCUGUGAGUUUUUCAGAUGCAGAUUGGAGUGGUUAUCCCGAUAGACGCUCCACUGCAGGUUAUUGCGUAUUUGUUGGAGGAAAUCUCAUAUUUUGGAAGAGCAAGGAACAAGUAGUUUCUCAAUCAAGUACUGAAUCUGAAUCUGAAUAUCAUACUAUGCCUAUGGAAAUUCCAAUUAUACAUGUGGUGAGCCGAGAUCCUUAG